CCAUCAAACGAAGAGAGAGAAAGAGAUUAUAAUCCAAGAACGCAAAUUAAAUGAUGUUUCCCUCCUUGGAAAGGUAAAGAACAAAAUUUCAAAGUCGAAACCCCAACGAACCAAUUUUCAAAUUUUCUCUCCGACCUCUGAAGAAGCGAAUUCCAGAGUGAUGGCAGAACCUUGGAGAAACAUCGACGUGGAAAAGCUGAUCUCGUACAGUGACGACCUCGUCAAGGUAUUGUCGCAGGGUCCGCGCGACUUCAACAACCUCUCCCACUCUCUCCAACAAAAGCUCGCCCUUUCUUCCUCCUGCGACUCCGACCUCGACGAUGUUCGCUCUUCUCUCCAAGACUAUCAGAAAAAGGUAGAUACAUGCAAGCAGAAAAUAGAGGAAGCUAGAUCCGAGACUGCUGCUGAUGCAGACCUGGAUCUGCUACAGAGAGAACUGGAGGAAGAACUUGAGAAAGAACGCUUGUUGAAAGAGGAGUUUAGAGGCAUCGGCAAUGAAUUUAAUGAUCUAGAACAACAAUGGAUUUCUGUUCAAGAGCAAAAGAAGACCUUACAGAAAAUUGAGAAAAAUAAGCAGAGGACACAGAUGGUACUUUCAAUGUAUGCUUCUGUCACAAAUAUUGUGCCUAACUUGGAUGAACAUUCCAAAAUUUCAGGCUAUAUUGUGGAAAAGGAUAAAGAUGCUGUUGAGAAGUUUGAAUAUGACACCUCAAAGAUGACUGCCCUUGAUAUAUGUAAUGGUAUUUGGAAAAUAAUAAGUGAAUGAUCCAUGUCAACCAAAUAAGUUGAUACAUGCAACAAUGUAUUAUUUCUCAAUUUUGAGUGGCAUCUUAGUGAUCUUGCAAUUCACUUAUUGGUGUAAGAAUUCAAUGUUUUAAUUUAUUAUGAAUGAAAAUCUUGCAAUGUUGAUAUUUUGACUA